AUGCCGCCGCGCCUUGCGAGCGCCGUUCCCACGUAUGCGGGACGCGCCAACGAGGCAUGCCUGCAGCAUCCAAACGAGGCGCACGGCGUCGCUCAGCCGUGUCCACGCGGCUUCGCUCCUGUCCUAACCGGCGCCAUCUGGGCGGCUGCUGCGGAGCUGCUGCCGGCGACCAUCCAGGAAGGAGGAACCGAUCUCGCUAACGAUCUCGUUUAUGGCGCCGAGUUUGCGACACAAACCUCAGCAUCCGGCAUGGCGUCCUUUGCGAGUGGCUGGGGCACGUCUGCUUCUGGCCGCUACUCUGAGAGGGUCGGUAUCCUCGAGCAGAAGCUAGCGGCCCUUGAGUCGGCGCACGCUGAAGAGCGUGCGGCAACGGAGAAGAAGCUUGCCGUGCUCGAGGCGUCGGUGGCGGCGCUCCUGCAUGGGGACGGCACAAGUGCGGCCGUACCAGGGCGGUGUGGGCAGGCCACCGAUGUCGACGCCAUCGCCUCUGCGGCUACCGCGCUCUCGCUUGACGACACCGUGGGGAAUCACACCGAUGACUUUGCCGAGCGGCGAUGCGGUUCGGCACUCUAG